AAACAAUUUCUUUAAUCUUUGAAAUUAUUACUGUACAAUUCUUCUGAUUUUGAACUUUUCUCUACGUGGUUUGUUUGGAUUAAACUGCAACUGUUUGAAGCUUCUCUUUCGUCUUCUUUUCUGGGAAUUCUAUGUUAAAACGAAAACUGACCAGGGUUUUGCCGUACUGCUUAUUUUCUGAAAAAUUGUAGCUAGAUUUAUUUUAUUUUAUUUUAAUUUUUGUUCUGUGGAGAAAUAUCACUACCUCUACUUUUAUUUCUUGCAAUUGUUCUUGAUUUGUCAGGAAGGAGCUGGAGGGUUUGCUGAUCAGAAACGUCGACGGAAGCAUCCACCAAGUCAUCGAGCAAAUCGUCGACCGAAGGAUCCACCAAGUCAUCGAGCAAAUCGUCGACCGAAGGAUCCACCAAGCUAUAGAGCAAAAAAUGGCGCCUAUGAUUUCUAGAAUGCUCACAUGUCCUUGUACUUCUCAUUCAGUCAUUCUGGGAUUGGAGUACAAUCUUCGGAAUCAAGAACACUCCAACUAGAGUUCAAGGACAAGUUCUCCCUGCCACUAGUUGCUCGUCAAACGAUUGAAGGAGAAGGAAAUACUCCCGUCAGAGUGGCUUUAGUCGAUGUAACUACAAAGCAAGUUGUUACCUCAGGACCUGAAGCAUCUGCAGAGGUUGAGAUAGUAGUUGUUAUGGGAGAUUUUGACGGUGACAAUUGGACGGUUGAAGAAUUUAACAAAAAGAUUGUCAGAGAAAUGGAAGGGAAAAAAUCUCUUCUGACUGGAAAUGUGCAUCUGAAUCUGGAAGCAGGUGUAGGUGUCGUACCUAAGAUUUCUUUCACGCAUAAUUCAAAUUGGAUGAAGGUCUGUAAGCUCCGUCUAGGAGCAAAAGUUGUGGAUAGUUUUAACGGGGCUAGAGUAAGAGAAGCAGUAACAGAACCCUUUGUCCUUAAGGAUUAUCGCAACACCUAUACUAAGAAGCACUUCCCGCCAUCUCUAAAUGAUGAGGUUUGGCGAUUACAAAUGAUCAGCAAAGAUGGUCCUAUCCAUAACCGUUUGGUUAGUGAAAACAUCAAAACCGUGAAAGAUUUUCUUACUCGGUUCUUUGUUGAUCCUCAAAGCCUCCAAAAUAUCCUUGGGAGUGCAAAAAGGUUGGAAUCCAUUGUGGACCAUGCUCAAACAUGUAUACUUGAUAAGAGCUUGCAACUCUAUUUUCCCGUCAGCUCUGAGAAAAAAGCUGGUGUGGUUUUCAAUGAGGUGGGGCAAUUGAUGGGACUAAUUUCAGAAUGUUGUUAUCUCCCAAUUGAUAAGCUCUCCAAAGAUCAAAAGGUUAACGGCGAGAAGUUGGUGGUGUCUGCACUGAAACACAGGGAGGAAGUAAAGUCUUUCAAUGAUGAGACUUUAAUGCGUUCCUAUUUGCAGUCAGUGAAUGAUGCUUACCCAUCAAACGUAUCGAUUCCCAGCCUCUAUUACUGUGAACCUUCUCACACUCAAAAUAGACAUGAUCAUACACAACCAAGCACUUCUUCCCACGGGAAUCAAGAAGUACCUUCCGACUUCCCCAAUGAGGGUAUCAUGUCAUCUAAUCCAUCUUUUGAAAAUGCAAGUGAUUUGAAUGAAUAUGGCUUGCAAAAUACUAAUGUGGAGGAUCUUAUCGGUGAUGGCUCUGGGAUUUUUCCAGGAAAUUCGUUUAAUCCCUUCUGUGAGAGUCAGUAUUCACUGUUAAUUUAUGAUGAUCAUCCCUUUCAACAUCUGCUCAUGAAUUCUGAAGCACCAGGUCUGAGCCAUUUUAUCGAUGACUUUUCGUCACCUCGUGCUGCUGAUGUUGCUAAAGCCCAUAGAAAAUGGUCAAUGUUAUACAAUGUGCUGAAGUCUAAAAGGAAGAUUGCUGCAUUGAAGCGUGUUUCUUCAGAAGCAGUGCCUGCUUCAAAGAGGCCAAAAAACUACUGAGUGUAGAAAAUCGUUAGUUAUGUACGUUUAUAUCUCUAGGAAGUGCUGCCCAGUUUAAGAAUUUGUGCAGUUUUAGAAGUAUGAUAAGCUGGAGUUUUUGGUCGAGAUAUGCUUAACUGUUUGUUGUAGAUUUUGGGUUCAUAGCUACUUGGAAGUCGUGUUCAAAUUGGUUAAUUAACUUCGAAUGUUUUGAAGAUGAAUUUCAAUUAUUGAAGCUUUCGCAAUGCA